AUGAAUCCCGCAGCACUUCCUGGCGAUGUGUGGUCGUACAAUCGCAAGCUGUUCGCCUUCGAUCGCGGCAUGCGAAUGCGAGCACAGCAUCAGAAACAAACUGAGAGGAAAGAAUGGGUGCAGCUGUAUCGGGAGGACAUCAACGGGUUGUGCGAAUUGUUCACACAUCGUAUGGAUGUGUACAUCGCUUUGAACGGUUUGGCACUUGUAGGGGUGAUGUCCCUGGCUUCGUCAGGCGAAUUGGGUGACCCUGAUAAAAAUUUAGCUGGCAUACUGCUUGGUCGCAAAGACGCUUAUCCGCGGACGUUGAGAGGCCAUCCUGCAUGGGCGAGUGGGAACACACAGUCAGAUGAUGGCCGAAACUUGUAUGAAUUCGACGUCUACGGUCGUGCAUUCGUGAGCAGCGAGCCUGGCACAACUUCUUCUGGGUAUGCUGCGGCGCAACGUGUGCCGAGAGAAACGAUCAAAAGUCUAGGACCGCAGGAAAGAUUCAACAGGCCGUUUCCACCUCCCGAAAACGUCGCUUCUCUCGACCACACAGCCCUCGCCUUGUUGUUCUACUUGUCCCUUUUCAGCGCAGUGGUUUUCCUGAUUUUUUCCACGUGGCUCGCUAUCGAAGGCUCCAUCUUAGCGCAUGUCAGCGGAUUGCACAUGGGUUUUCAGUGCAAGCAACUGCGAGAUCUGCCUACGGGCGUGGAAGUGGAUCGAGGGCGUGCAAGGAUGCAGGAUUUUGAAGAAACUGAAGCUUCUCAACAAAUGCGAAUGCCGUUCGUAGAUCGGGCAAGGAACUUCUUAUUUGGUGGAGGUGAAGGUAGAAGUGGUAGUGCGGAAGUAGGGAAUAAU